CUAGCAGUAUGUUUAAACUCGUUGACUGACAAGGAAAAGAAAUACAACUAUUUCUAAUUUUACUUAGAUACGGUCAGAAGUAUAUUCGAUGUCUAACAAGGACAGAUACCAGCUAUGGGGCGGUUGCUUCUCCGAGGAGCCCUCAGCAGUACUACGGCGGCUGAACGACUCGUUGGCAGUCGACUCCCGUUUGUACAGAGAAGACAUCGCCGGCAGCCGGGCCUGGGCGCGCGAGUUGCACCGCAGCGGACACCUGUCUGAACAAGACAACAGCGCCAUCCAAAGUGGACUUGAUAAAGUAGAAAAAGACAUUGAAAAGGAGCUGUCCCAAACCGGUCGCCUCAAUGACCCCGAAGAGGACAUCCACUCAGUGGUGGAGCGGAGACUGCACGCGCACGCAGGCGACGCGGCGCUACGCUUGCACACCGCGCGUAGCCGCAACGACCAGUCAGCCACGGAUACUAGGCUGUGGAUGCUGACUUCGCUGCCGACUCUGGGUGCUGCUCUCAAGCAACUUAUUGAGGUUCUAAUUAAGCGAGCAACGGACGAAUUAAACAUUAUCGCUCCAGGUUAUACACAUCUCCAACGUGCUCAACCAAUUCGUUGGAGCCAAUUUCUAUUAAGCUAUGCAUGGGGUCUCCGUGACGACGUAAUGAGGCUGGAAGAGCAGAUGGGCCGUCUCUCAAGGUGUCCGCUGGGCAGCGGCGCCAUAGCGGGAUGUGCGCUACCAAUCGACCGCACCAGGCUCGCUUGGUCCCUUGGAUUCCAAGAUAUCACACCCAACUCCAUGUUCGCCGUCUCUUCGCGAGAUCAUAUUGUGGAGUUCCUAAACUGGGCGGCCCUAUGUGGUAUACACCUCAGCAGGCUAUCGGAAGAUUUAAUAAUUUAUAGCUCGCAAGAGUUUGGAAUAGUCCGUCUUUCCGAUCAGUUUUCCACUGGCUCCAGUCUAAUGCCUCAAAAGCGGAACCCCGAUGGCUUGGAGCUGGUCCGAGGUGCCGCCGGUCUACUGCUUGGAGACAGUUUCUCGUUCACCUGUGUACUUAAAGGGCUACCGAGCACUUACAAUAAGGACUUGCAGUCUGAUAAAGAGAUAUUGUUCAGAUCUUAUGAUAGAUUGCUCGAUUGCCUCAAAGUCACCGCGGGGACUAUUUGCACAAUGGAGGUGAACAGUAGCAGGGCAAUUAGGUGUCUCGAGCCGGGGAUGCUGGCGACGGACUUAGCACACGCACUGGUGCGACGUGGCGUGCCUUUCCGCCGCGCGCAUCACUUGAUCGGCGUUGCUUUACGUCGCGCCUCGGAGCUUGGCGUCGACUUGCAAGGACUGCCGCAUAACGAAUAUGUUGCAAUAAGUCCGGAAUUCGGUACCGAUAAGGAGCUGGCCUCCUUGUUCUCGUGGGAAUCAAGUGUCGAGCAGUACUCAAGCGCGGGCGGGACAGGCCAGCAGGCCGUGGAGCACCAACUUGGAGCGCUGAAGGACUGGCUGCGAGGGCAGCCGCCCUGCUCCCCCGUCCCUAGGCCGGAUGAAACGCCGUACCCUUGUUGCCUAAAAUAAACACAUUUACGAAGU